UAUGGUAUUGGUGACGACGUCGACGAGGACACUGAGGACAGUGAAGCUGGUGGGGUACAAUGGGAAUGUGGUACCGAAAGUCUAACAAAACUAAUCAGCGAGGCAACUGUCGACAGGGACUGUCCACAGCUGAAAAGUCUGUUAAUACUCUCGUAAUGUGCAUUUUCACAGAGCUGCGGAACGUGAAAAAGCCUGCAGACGAGUCGGACAGGCCUUGA